GGUGUUUCUGUCAUGACGGGGAUGCAGCAGCUCAGGCUGCUGGUCAGCGAGCGGCUAACGGCGGCUGCAGAGGAAAUCUUCGGGCUCGUUGAGAGGACAAUAACGGAGUAUCAGGAAGAGGUGGUCCGCUCCAAGACAGAAAUCAUCCAGCUGAGGCAGCAGAUCGAACAGCUGACCGUCUUACAGCCCCGAGUGUCUUUGUUCAAAGGAGAUAUAGUCCCUCUUUUGCAUGUUGUCUGUCUCCUAGAUGUCGAGUCAGUGUCAGAAAACCAAAGCCAGCCUCCAGCAGAAGAACAAAAGGAAGGUGGAGACCAUCAGCAGGUUAAAGAGGAGCAGCUGGAUGUCUGCAUCAUCCCAGACGUGGAUACUGAUUCUUCUGACGACGUAAAAGUUUCUCCUUUCGAAUCAGAGACGACGCCUCACGUUGACCCCCAGCUGUUACCAAACGUCAGCUCCAUAACCGUGACUCUGAACAGCGGCGACGAGGGAAAAUGGAUUGGAAAUUUUGGCGGGAGCUCGUCGCAUUCUGGUCCGAGUCGCGGCCACAUUUCCCUCCUGCAGCCGGAACACAUCCUGGACAGCAAGUCCUGCCGUCUCUGCGGCGUGUCCUUCAUCAGGGACUGCGACCUGAUCAGGCACGUGGAUGAGUCCCAUGCGGGGCAGAAGGCCUUCAAAUGCUUCGAGUGUCACAAGGAGUUUGCCCGGAAAGACAGCUUGACUUUGCAUCUGAGGGUCCACACGGGCGAGAAGCCGCACAGGUGCCCCUUCUGCGGGAAGUUCUUCACCCAGACCUCCAACCUCAGGGUUCACAUGAGGAAACACACGGGCGAGAAGCCGUACUUCUGCAGCUCGUGUGGCAAAAUGGUGGCGCACUCAUAUCACCUUAAAACAUGCUCCAGGCGAUCCUCGGUCACGAUGGACGUCAGUGGACAUUAGAGGACAUUAGAGGUCUUCUAACUGAAUUCUGGGUGGGAAAAAAAAAAGUACAUUACAAACCUGAGUUUGCACGUAUUGUGGAAGCUUUGUUCUGAUCAGAUACAGAUGCUAUAGAUGCAGACUAUUUAUUAUUUUUAUAUAUUAUUAUUUGUGUUAUUAUUAUUGUCAUAGAGGUCUUUUGGAAUCACCUGAAACUUUUUUAAUCCAUAAAACAUUUGUCUAGCUCUUCAAGUUUGAUUUGAGUAGUUACUCCCCUGCUUAUUGUGAUGCAUCUCUCAAUAAAGAACAACUGUUUGAGA